AUGCGUAAUGUGAAUUUUUCACCAUACUCUGCCAAUAUUAGCAAUAUCAGGAAUUAUAUUGACUCAAAACUUGGUAAUAAAUUAGUAAGCUCAAGUAAUACUUUAAAACCAAAUGAUGAAUAUACAACACGACAUAAUUUUGGAAUGGACUCUGCACAUUAUAAAGUUUUGCAAUCUCCAAUUCAAACAAAUAUGUGUAGAUCUAACACUCCAUUUAAUACAACUAAAGUGACUCCUUUUAUAAGAGAGGAAAGAAGAUAUCAGAAUUCUUUAUUAGAAAAGCCUAUAAUGGCAAUCAAUAGGGUUAAUUCUGAUACAUAUUCAGUAGUUAAGGGUAAUACUCCAAAUUUCAAAUAUUCUCAUUUAGAUCAUAGUAACUUUUUGAACGAAAAAACCUUGAAUAUACCUAGCAAAUAUUCAAGCUCCAAAUAUAAUAUCUCAGAAUAUUAUAAUGGAACUAUAAAUAGUGGGAAUUCAUAUAGUAAGUUUGGAAAGGAACCUUAUGGUAUAUCUACUUGCAGGAAGCGGACUUUAGAGUGUAUGUCGAAUACAGACAUGAAAAGUGCAACUUUGAAUGAUGAAAGUGAGGAAUUUUAUGAUGCGAUGAGUGAUAAUGAAUACGGAGAUGAUGACAAAGUUACUUCCAAAAUUAAUAUUCAGCCUCCUAUUAAAAAACCCCUACAUGUUCUUACUCCUUCAACAGCUUAUUCAAGUGGUCAAUUAGGUACUAAACAAAAUACUUUAAAGGGCCGUUCAACAACUUAUGGUAUACCUUUAUCUUUAGUUGAAAGUGAUGAUACUUUCUUUCUUGAAUCUAAGAAUCCAGAACGUUCUUUGCAAAGUGAUAUCUCAACUCCAGUAAGCUAUAUAAAUGAAGUUAAGUAUUCCCAUCCUGAUAUUAUAUCUAGGAAUUCUAUACUCCCACCGUCUGCACUAGCAACUAGUAAUAUUAACCAACGCCUACGUACUCCACUUAGGUAUAGAAAUACUCAAAUACUUAAUAAACCAGGUACUUGUUCGCGUAUACUUACUGCAGCUGAGAUGAAGCAGGCAUUUUGUAGGGUAAGGAGACCAGUUGGUGUACUUCGUGAUUUUACACCAACUAUUUCAGAUAAAAGCUAUGCUGAUAACAAAGCCAGCGAAGUUGAUGAUAGCAAAAUAACUAAUUCUAAUUAUGAUAAGAUAAAUGCGGAGAUAUUAGAAAAUUCUGCAAUGGCGGAGAAGUCAAUAAUGAAAAACAAACAUUCUAUAAAUGCUACUAUAGAAACAAAAAGUGAAGCUGCAGAUUCAGACUUGGCCACUUCAAGUAAACUUGGGGACUCAGAAAAUUUAUCUCAAAUUAAGAAUAUCUUUGGUAAGUUUAUAAAUAAUAAAGAGAAUGACAAGGCUUUAGGUGAAUUAGACAACUCAAGUAAAGAAUAUAGGACCAAUCCUAGUGGGUUGAAUAUGAAGGAUAAUGAUAAAAAGUUUGGACUUGAUACUGAUAUCAAAUGUCCAGCAAAGAAUACGAAGGUAAUUAAUUCUAAAUCUUGUGAGAUUAUUGAAGAGGCUAGUAAGGAUAUUAAUAAAGAGAUUAAUAAGGAUACCAAUAGUGAAAUUAAUAAGGGUAUUAAUAAAGAUAUUGGUAAAGAAACUACUAAAGAAAAUGGCAAGGAAAUUAAUAAAGAAGUUAAUGAAGUGUUUAAAGCCAAUAAAGAAGAUAAUGAGGAGGCUAUAAAAGAAGUUAAUAAAGACAUUGUUCCAUGGUGGUUAGCUAAUGCUGAUAAACCGAACAUGGUUGCUAUUGAAGAAGAUAGUGUUUUUGCACCAGAUUCAGAUUCUAGUGACGAUACGAAAAAUAAAGAUAUUAAUGAUGAAUCUAAAUUGCCUCUACCUUCAUUAUUUAAAGAUAAUUCAAGUAAAUCAUUACAAGUCAAUAAUACAGAGAAUACAGGACAAUCGAAAGAAGUGAAUACUUUACAUGGAGUAUUUGAAAACAACUCUUCAGGUUUAGAAUCUAUUACAAAGCCAUCAAAUAGAUCUAUAUUUUGUAUUGGUGGAACUGAAUCAUCCUUACAAAAUGGAGAAACAAAACAACUUAAUGCGAAUUUUAUACACCAACCUUCAAGUUCAGCAAGUAUAUUCUCAGUUAAUAAUGGAAAUAGUGGCAACUUUGCAAACUUACCUGAAGCUCCUAAAACAAUUGAUUUGCAAAGUAAUAGCAAGAAUAUUUUAACGGAAACCCAGACAAAUAUUUUUAAAAACAAUUUAUGCACAGUAUCUUCUAAGGAUUCUAGUGCUUCUAAUUUAUUAAAUAACGAUAACUUAUUUUCUUUUUCCAAUACUUUGAAUAAUUCUAAUGAAUUAGGUCAACUAAUACCAAAUUCUUCGCAAUCAAAAGAUCUAGAUAAUUCUAUACUCAGUAAACCUGUAUCUCUCUUUGGUGCUACAACUCAGGGUAUUACUAAUACUAGUGAUUCAUUAUUUAGUCAACUCACAAAAUCUCCUGAGAAAUCUGGAAAUUUACUUAGUGAUGCAGUUAGUCCUCAGAAAGACAACUCAGUAACUUUAUUUUCAUCUACUCAACCUUCACCUUUUAAGUCAGUAAGUGAAUUUAAAGAUAGUAAUGUUACAUCAAACUCCUCAGACAGUGCUAAAAAUUUAAUUUUUGGAGAUACUUUUACAAAAAAACCUGAACUAAAUUCUACAGGGUCUAUCUUUGGAACUACAUCAUCAUCAUCAUCAUCAUCAUCAUCCUUCAUCCCAUUUUCUUCUACUACACUGAACCCUGUACCUUCUGUGGGGACUAAUCCCAGUGGAUCAAUUUUUGGUUCAACAUCUACAACUUCACAAUCAAGUACUGUUACUCCAUUAUCAGCUAGCGGAGGUUUGUUCGGUGCUCAGUCCACUUCUGGUUCUGCAACUUCAUUAAUUACAAACAAUUCAGGUAACAAUGGUAAUUCUCUAACAUCUACUGAUAAUAAGACAUCCGGACUAUUUGGGCCAUUUUCAAAUAGCUCCUUUAGUAGCACAAACAUUGGGACGAGUAAUACAUACCUUUUUGGUCAAAGUGGAGCUUCAUCUCCAUUUGGUACAUCACCAAUCCAAAAUCCCCCUGCAACCAAUAUAUUUGGCUCUGCUACCCAAAAUAUCUCCCCAGGUGCUCUAGGCCCGAACCCUAUACUAGCAUCUAACUCCAAUAAUCCCUUUAUUGGCCAUGCCUCCAAUUCAAAUAGUGCAACAUCUCAUAGACGUCGCAUAGCUAGGGCUAAAAGGUCUCAGUAG